GGCACCCCUGCUUACAUAUUCCUUCAUGUAGAUAUUUCAACUAUGACCAAAACUCUUAAUUUUCUCUGAUAAAGAAAAGAACUUGAUUAGACUGAUCAAAAGUUUUAAGUUCAAUAAAUUAAAUAGCAAGCCAAGGUGCCAUAUUGUAUCAAGGGCUUUUUCAUUAUCCAAGAAUAAUGCAGCCAUAGAUAGUUCAUUCAAAUUUAAGGUGAUGUGGUCCAUAAGCCUCAUACUUUGAAGUGUUUUGCUGUGAUGGGCAUGGAAACCAAACUGGCUUGCAUUAAGCAGGCCUCUUCAUGUGCCUUUGGACUACUUUCAGAAUAAUUUUUUCAAAUAACUUGCUUGUUGUAGACGUGGCUAACACUUUCAAGGCUUUGAAAAAGGGGAUUUAAAUAAAUAUGUCAGGUGUAUCAAUGAUCUUCAUGGAAGAUGCCUGAGACAUUUAUUUGAAAUACCAGCAGCUCCACAAACCUUUCACAAUUUCAGUUAAUUUGCAAAUUUAUGUAUAUCACAAGGCCCUACUUUUCCCAAUGGGGUGUCAUCUGCAGAUGCGAGCAGAGAUUGGACUCUAAUAUUCACCUGUCACUUGUGGUUUUUGUCAGACAGGUCAUGAAAUGUGAACUGGUUUUCUAAGAAAUCAGUCACAUUGGCUUUUUCAUUCAGGUGGUAUAUUAUUCCUAAGGUUCACAAAUAGGGGUUGGUUCCUUUGCUCAAUCGCUUUUGAUGAGUGAUUUCACAAUAAGCCACACAGUUUGAGGUGUGACUUCAGUUUCCUACGUGUAUUUCCCACCAUCCACUUCUAGGUUCGCUAUUUUGCCUUAAGCCAUUAUGUCACAAUAUAUGUUACUCAGAAUAUUUAGGCUUGUAACGGCCCACAGACCAGAUUGCUGUACUUCCAAAGUGUUUGUAGCAAGCUAGACAUUAUUCUUUGCAGUGUAACAGAUAAUUUUGCUUUGUAGGGCUCUGACAUUGUUGAACUGCUGCUUGAUCUAUCAAGCAUUGCCGGAGCUCAAGAUACAAAUGAAACAUUUCUUUGCAUUCUCAAUACAGUUGCUGAUGCUGCAGGGCUUAUUAGAUGAUGAAGGAAAGCCACAGCAUUUGGCUGGUAUAAUCACUCAUCUUCACUACCACGAACCAGGAAAUUUGGCAUUUGUGUAUCUCUUGAGAAGUGGGGCUCUGAGGGAGCUGUGUACACCAGAGAAAGACGGUACAAUCUCCAAGGCGACACAAAUGAAUUUGGUUCUUGUGCUGAGCUACUUGUUUGCUCCUCUUGUUCUCCACAGGAGGGCACACAAUGUUAAAUACAAUAACUCAAAAGUGGUGCUGCCACCUCUUCCACCAAAAAUUAAGAAGGUAUUGGAAAUGUACAAUGAGGAAGUCAUGUGCAUAUAUGACAUUUACUUCAAGUGUGUGGCUGAAGGUAUUGCUAAUAACCUGGGAGAAGAUGUUACUCUUCCAAUGUCAGGAGUCCGUAUUAUGCCGAGAGAGGCUUUUGUAGCAAGUACUGAAGGUCCCAUGAGUCUUGAGAGGCACUUAGUAGAGGGUUGUGAACCAAAAGUCAUUUGUUCUGCAUUUGCUGCCCUCUCGGGCCAUUCUGACAGAGGGUUGUAUUCUCAUUACAACAUGAUCUCAAAUAUACGCCACCAGGUAUGAACUUUUAUGUUAUUUUU